ACACAAACUGUGAGUUGGCAAAUCAAUUUGACGAGUCAGUUCCCAACUGAAAUCAACUUAGUCGACAAACAAACGUCGAAGGAUUGAGAGUAUUUUGUUUUUGUUUGGUGUGAAUUUGGAAAACGUUUGUCAGUUCUUCCCCAUCGUAAGCGAUGAGCAGUGAACCAGGAGCCGAAAACGAGGAUGAUAAACCGCCGUAUGCCUUCUUCUUUGGCGGAAUGGGAGCUGCCUCAGCCAUCAUCUUCUCAUCAUUAGGCGCCUCUUAUGGCACCGCGAAAUCGGGCACAGGAAUCGCUGCGAUGGCUGUAAUGCGACCCGAAUUGAUUAUGAAGUCCAUCAUACCCGUGGUGAUGGCUGGCAUUAUAGCCAUCUAUGGAUUGGUUGUCUCUGUGCUAAUUGCCGGCUCCUUAUCGCCGAGUUAUACCAUUCGAAAGGGUUACAUUCAUCUGGCCGCUGGACUGUCGGUGGGAUUCGCUGGACUGUCUGCGGGAUUUGCGAUUGGCAUUGUGGGAGAUGCCGGAGUGAGGGGCACAGCACAGCAACCGCGUCUAUUUGUGGGUAUGAUUCUGAUCUUGAUCUUUGCUGAGGUCCUGGGUCUGUACGGUCUCAUUGUGGCCAUCUACUUGUAUACGAAGUAAUCAUGUUGAUUGCUCCUUCAGUGUGUGUUUCAUUAAAUAGUCAUGAUACCAA